AUGACGUGGGUGCUGUGUGCCAACCACAUGGAGCCGGUGAAGGGCUUCCUGAGUCGCUAUCUGCGGCGAUGACUCGUGGAGCAUGAGAUCAGCACAGGCCAGCGCAGCAACGAACUCGGCCGCUUCACAGACUGGGAGCCCAAGGUGUUGAACCAUCUCAACAAGCUCCUGGAAAACCACAGUUCGUCAGACGUCACGAUAGGCCCGCGUCUGUUUCUCUCCUGCCCGAUGGAGGUAUCUGGUGCACAGGUUUGGUUCACAGACCUGUGGAAUUACUCGGUCGUGCCCUACCUGCUGGAGGCAGUGCGUGAGGGCUUGCAGCUGUACGGAAGGUGUGUGAUCUGGGAAGACCCUACAGAGCGAGGGCGGGGCUGACCUGAGAGACAACCGGCUAUACAACAG